AUGAGCUGCGCAGGGUCGUCUGUUGUUUCAAGGCAACAAAUCUUGACCAAUGGUCUGGAGGGUGCUCCGUGGAGAUGUUCAUUUCAACAUUUCAGCCACGGUUUGGCCGCCGGGUCUGAACCUCGUGGGGGCCGUUGGAGACUGUGGGCAAGAAUGUACUAUGGUGCUACAUUGUUCUCGUCACCGACAGCAGCCAGCCGGACUGGAUCGUCACUGCAUGGCGUGAAGGCAGUGUCUGCCUGGGCGCUCCGGCAGACGUCACUGCACAGCCCAAGGCAGCCUGUGAAGGAUGCAGGCAGGGUCAGGGAUGCCUUGGACAACGCCCACCACAGCCGGGACCUGGUGGGGACAGCCAGGGUCAACCUUAAUUCUGUCUUACACCGUUACACCAAACCCGCGGCCCACUUCCCCGAUCCAGCAGCUUGGGAGCCGUCUCCCGAUGGUCAUUUCUCAGCAUCAACCAAGUCCAACAGCAGCCAUCGAUUUGUCAUCUCGACGAGUCUCGCGGCUGAUAAAUCUUCCAGUGCCACACCUGAAGAAGAUCAUGGGCAGCACGUCGGAAUUCGGCCCAUCGCAGAAUCACCCGUUGAGAGCAUCUCAGGUUGA